AUGAAACCUAAAAGCAUGGCAAUGACUUUUCAGCCCGAUUUAAAAGAAUGGAAGCACACAAUGGUCCAUCAUCACAAAAAAUUAAAAGAAAUCAAAGAGCUUAAAUCGUCAAUAGACUGUUCUUCCCCUAAAUAUUUCCCUCACCUAAAUCAUAUAAACUCAGCUAGAGUGCUCACCUCAAGAGGUUAUUUUUAUUUAGAAAACGAAAGAAUUUAUGAAGAUAACAUCAGAAUUCUGAGAAAUCUUACAAGUAUUUCUAGCUCGACAGCUAGAACUCAACCCCCUAAAAAAUAUAAUUCAUCAAAUUUCCAAUAUCGUCUAUGAAAUCAGGUAAAAAUUUUACAAGAAAAUUUGCAUAUAUCUCAUCGAUUAAAAAAUGCGACAAAUUCAGUGGAUUUUAAAAGCUAUGAAAAAGAUGGCUAAAUGCCAUAUUGUCCUAUAUUAAAAUCACAUAAAUGCUUUGGAGUAAUUUACCAAGUUUUUAAUAGCCAGAAAUUUGAUAUAAAAAUAGGGUCAAAUUCUUUCGAAAAAAAAAAAAUUUAGGGAAUAUUUUAAAUGUGAUUCACCUGAAAAAGACUACCAAAAACACUUAAAAUACAGGGAAAGUAUACUAAAAUCAAGAGAAAGAAGAUAUAAAAUAAUAGCACGCAAAAAAAGUCUGGAGCCAAAGCCAGCGGUUAUAGAUGACCACGCCUAUCAAUUUAAGACGUUUGACGGAACCUAUCCUCAUGAAGAUUUAAAUUUUCAGAGAUUUUAUUAA